CCCCGCCCCCCUCUACGUGGUUCGGUCAUUGUUCAGCCUGUGUUAGCUGGUGUGCUAGUUAGAGGCUAGCCAACAUUACAGACUUUAACUCUUAUAUGCAUGAAUAUAAACCGAUUUAAGUUUACAACCCACAUCUGAGAGCUUGACAAAGACACAAUGAGCAAGAGGAAAGCACCGCAGGAGUCCCCGAAUGAGGGAAUAACAGACUUUCUAGUCGAGCUGGCCAACUACGAGAAAAACGUCAACAGGGCAAUACACAAGUACAAUGCUUACAGGAAAGCAGCAUCUACCAUCUCCAAGUACCCUAACAAAAUCAAAAAUGGCGAAGAGGCAAAGAAACUGGAUGGUGUUGGAGCUAAAAUAGCCGAGAAGAUUGAUGAGUUCCUACAAACUGGUAAACUACGGAAACUGGAAAAGAUUCGUAACGAUGACACCAGCUCUUCCAUCAAUUUCCUCACCAGAGUCACUGGAAUUGGCCCCGCUGCCGCCAGGAAGUUUUUUGAAGACGGGGUGAAGACGUUAGAAGAUUUGAAAAAGAUUGAGGACAAGCUAAACCAUCAUCAACAGAUUGGACUCAAGUACUUUGAGGAAUUUGAGAAAAGGAUUCCACGUGCUGAAAUGGAAAAGAUGGAGACUCUGAUUCAUGCAGAGUUGAAGGAGAUCGGUACAGAAUAUAUUGGGACUAUCUGUGGAAGCUACAGGAGAGGUGCAGCAUCGAGUGGUGAUAUUGAUAUUUUGCUGACCCACCCAGACUACACCUCUGAGACUCAGAAGCAGCCCAAGCUCCUCCACGACGUGGUCGACCAUUUUGAGUCCAUUGGGUUUGUGACCGACACCCUGUCCAAAGGAGAAACAAAGUUCAUGGGAGUCUGCCAGCUGCAGCAGAGUGAUGAAGAUGAAGAAGAAUACCUUCACAGGCGUAUUGAUAUUAGGUUAAUUCCCAACGACCAGUACUACUGUGGAGUCCUGUAUUUCACCGGAAGUGAUAUCUUCAAUAAAAACAUGAGAACUCACGCUCUGGAUAAAGGCUUCACUCUCAACGAGUACACCAUACGGCCACUUGGGGUCACUGGUGUGGCAGGGGAGCCUCUGUUGGUGGAUAGUGAGAGAGACAUCUUUGAAUACAUCCACUACAAAUACAGAGAGCCAAAGGAACGCAGUCAGUAAAGCAAAAGGACCGCUUACAGUUACAUCUGUAUUUGAAGCUUCAGCUUUCCUGCCAAUGAGAUCGGACGCAUAUGCACUGAUGUGUGUGUUAAUUGAUAUAGUUGAAUGGUAAACUGUUUGUUUUAGAAAUUUUUUUUAUGUUAAGUUGAAAUCAUCCCCUUUAAGGACAUUUUGGUUUAAUUCUCCUUGGUCAUGUAUCUUUGUGAGGACUUUUGGGCUCUAUUUUUAAGAUUUUAAAUCAUGCUCAGCAGUAACUUAUUUUUGACCACGCAGCCAAAAAAGGAUUAUGCCAUAUCCUGAGUUAAAGUUCAUCCAUCAUGAAUAAUGAGGUCCACUAUCAUCAAGGCAUUUUGUCUUGAUAGUGGUGCUAUUUAACACUUUUAGCUGAGUUGUGCAAAAGUUUUUUUAAUGUAUAAUUGUUACACAUUCAGUGUGUUUUCACAUUAGGUAAGAUUGAUUCGUACCUUGCCCGAGUACGAUUGCCCCCCCUCCCUGCUCCCCCGCCGCUACGCUUUCACAUUAGUAAAGUUGUUCCGUACCCGAGUACACUUGCUUCAUCAUCCACGUGUGUUUGUUUAUGUUGAGAUCAGCUGUUCUAGUCGCAGAGCAUCGUAAAAAAUUAGAACUAAAAAUUAAAAAUUUAAUUAAAACUUGUCAGAAACAAAAUAAAACUCACCAAAAUAAAAUAAUAAAUAAUAAAUAAUCACCACUAAUCAAAAGAACUGGACUUUGGGGUCAAGUGUACUCGGAUCCGGGGCCCGGGUCCCUGAUAUGAAAGCACCCUCAGACAACACAGCGGCAUCGCUACUUUAUGUAAGUAGUUUAAAAAAUAUAUAUAUCUCAUUCACCAUGGACAUUUAAGAGUGUGUUUUUAAACAUGUAGUAUUUCUCUUUCCAUUUGGGCAAACUAGGCAGAAGAAAGGCAAUGAUGCAAAGAGUAUUUGUGGUUAAUUGACUCUGGGUUGGGUAUCGUUUAAAAAAUUACAAUGCCAUUACCAGUACCCUUAAAAGUAAAAGUGAUACCGAUACCAAUAGAGUACUUCUCAUUUGAUACCCAUCAUAUGAAUUGAAGCUGUGUGCGUCCCAAUCUCUGUGUUCAGAGUCUUGUGCAGGCUGUAUGGGUUAUAGCUGCUGCGGUGAUUGGCUGUGAGCAAAACAGUCAUCUUUUUCUAGAUCCGGGCAUAAAACGUACCAGUUUGCAGGUAUCGUUUGAUUGGAAAAGUUUCAAUACUACUUGGUACUGGGUUGUUUUGGUUGAUACCUUAAAAAGUAUUGCGUAGCGAUACCCAGCCCUAGCUCAGUUACUGCUUACGGGUGCUAAUUUGGGACAAAAAGACCAUUGAUUUGUUGAAUAAAUGAGAUAUUUUCCUCAGUUAUUGAUUGAUCUGUGAAUAGGACUGUUACACUGGUAGACUUGAUUAAUCUGUGGUAUGUGGUUGUGUCAAAAUUAUUACAUGUGUGUGUUAGGUCAGGACAAUAUUUUAUCUUCAGUGCUUUUUAGGGUGCCAUUUUGAAAGCAGUAGAUAUAAAUAAUAGUUAACCAGGUAACUGAAAUACUGCUACGGUGUAUACUGGUGAUACAGACUGUAAUCUGUAACACAAAACGUCAUUAGGAUUAGGACUUUGAUUCAGUUUUGUAUGUGGAUGAUUGCAAACAUUUCUGAAAAUAUUUAAGACACCAAUGGAAAACAGAGGGUGAAUGUCCAACUGUUAACUUUGAGUAUGUGGAGUGAAAUAAAGGGAUACAAAAAUAA